AUGCCUCCAGAACGGUCCAAUGUACCAGUGAAGCUGUCUCUGCCAUUGCAAUACCAGCAGGAACUCUUCACCGAACUACGCGCCGAAGAUGAGCUAGUCAUCCUUGCACGGGGCCUGGGACUUCUACACCUAAUAACAAAUCUCCUCCAUUUUUACGAUGCAGCGGGAAACAAUCUGGUUCUAGUGGUGGGUGCAGAUGAACGCGAGAAUGAAUGGAUCGGAGAGGCAUUGGCGGAGCAUUAUGCUACCAGCAAGUCCCCCCUUGCUAGGGGGCUGAGAGUGAUCAAUACCGAGAAAGCUACGGUGCCGAUGCGAGAGAGAAUAUAUGCUGAAGGAGGUAUUCUGAGUGUGACAUCCAGAAUAUUGGUUGUGGACUUGCUAUCGAAACUUCUUGACCCCGAGAAAGUCACAGGCAUGGUAAUUUUACAUGCUGAUAAGGUUUUGGCGACCUCACUCGAAGCAUUUAUUGUCCGGGUUUACCGGCAAUCGAACAAGCGCGGCUUCUUGAAAGCAUUCUCAGACUCUCCGGAGCCAUUUACUACGGGUUUUGCCCCGUUGGCUAAGAUGCUGCGGAACCUUUUCCUACACAAGGCAUCACUGUGGCCUAGAUUCCAUGUUUCUGUUGCCGAGUCUCUAGAAGGAAACCGCAAGGCAGAAGUGAUCGAGUUGGAAGUUCCCAUGAGCGACAAAAUGAGGGAAAUUCAGAAUGCCGUCCUGGAAUGUGUAGAGAUCAGCAUCACCGAGCUCAGGAAGAGCAACACCGGACUGGAUAUGGAAGAGUGGACAUUAGACAGUGCUUUGCACAGGAAUUUUGAUAUGAUUAUCAGACGUCAACUAGACCCAAUCUGGCAUCGUGUGAGCUUCAGGACAAGACAGAUCGUCAGCGAUCUGACAGACCUACGAGGAGUUCUUCAUGCUUUACUCAGCUACGAUGCGGUAUCUUUCAUCAAGUACCUUGAUACUAUCGUGUCUGCGCAUGCUCCGCCUCCCGGCUCCAACAAACAUAAUUACUCUCCGUGGCUUUUCCUUGAUGCUGCCCAUGUGCUUUUCCAGACGGCCAAAUCACGAGCCUACGAAGGCAAAUUGAACAACGAACUGACCCGCCUUUCAUCUUCGACUACAUUUUCUUCCGAGUUACAUCCAGCUCUAGAGGAGCUCCCAAAGUGGAGUGUCCUAUCAGAGGUCCUUGCAGAAAUCGAACACGAUGCUUAUCUCCAUCCUGCGAGAAUGGAUCAAUCUAAUAGCACUAUAUUGAUUAUGUGUAGUGAUCAACGAGUAUGCCGCCAGCUUCGCGAGUACAUUGGCACUAUGCAUUCCAAAAUUGCUCAAGGCUCCAAAUCCAAAGAUGAGGAUCCGAACGAGGAUAAACCUUCUGCGGAGCUUAUGAUGCGGCGUCGGCUGCGAGACUACCUCAAUUGGAAGAGGUCUCUCUCAAAUGUCAACAAAAAUUUGUCCCAGUCAGGAGAGGAUGACAGAUCUGGAACCCCUUCUGGCUCGUCAGCGGCCCAGAGUGCGCAUCAAGGACGGCCUCCUCCAAACAAACGUCGUCGAGUACGUGGCGGUGGUGCAGUUACCUCAGCUGCAGGCCGUGUGCCAAAUAGCAGUGUCCAAACCGAUGUUGAAUUGCCCGGUCAGGUCGUCAGCUUGCUAAUCGAGAUUGAACCCACCGAGGUGGAAGAAAUGCAGAAAGAGGAGGUUAUUGUCGAUGACCUGGAGGAUAUGGAAGAUUUCUACGAAUUGUAUGAUAUGAACGAUCUGGUCAUGAUACACCCCUACGACGGUGACAUGGAUGAGCAUAUACUCGAGGAAGUGCGUCCACGAUACAUUAUCAUGUACGAACCCGAUCCCGCAUUCAUUCGAAGGGUCGAGGUAUAUCGCAGUUCCCAUUCGGGGCGAAACGUGAAGGUUUACUUCAUGUAUUAUGGUGGUUCCGUCGAGGAACAGCGGUAUCUGAGUGCCGUCCGAAGAGAGAAAGACUCGUUCACAAAGCUGAUCAAAGAGAAGGGGAACAUGGCAGUCACCUUAACGCAUGACAAAAAGGAUGAAGACCCUCAGGAGCAAUUCCUCCGCACAGUCAAUACUCGUAUUGCUGGAGGAGGAAGAUUGGCAGCUACAGCAUCCCCUCCUCGCGUUGUAGUUGAUGUGCGGGAAUUUCGAAGUGCCCUACCAUCUCUGUUACAUGGAAACAACAUGAUCGUGAUUCCCUGCCAGCUCACCGCCGAGACGAUGCUCCAGUAUUACAAGAACCCGUUACUAUUGAUUGAAUUUGAUCAAAACAAAUCUUUCACUUUUGAUGCAUUCGCCUCCAUUCCAACAGGGCCCACGUUUAUGACAGACUACGGUUUCUCAUCUUCCGGCACUGCAACCAGCACUAGCAGCAGUGCACUUGCCAAUCCAUCUAAUCCAAAGUCCGCUCAGCAUCUACUUGUGCUCCUCACUCUCGCCUUCCCACGCCUAAAGAUCAUCUGGUCUUCAUCCCCUUACCAGACAGCUGAGAUUUUUGCAGAGCUCAAAAAGAACGCCCAGGAGCCAGAUCCACUUCGCGCAGUUCAACUAGGCCUUGAUAUUGAUAUAUCUAAUUCGUCUGGCUCUGCCGACGUCAUGGCUGCUGCUGGGAUUGAGCACCGUACCUUCAAUCUUCUUCCACAAGACAUGCUGCGAGCUGUUCCGGGCGUUACGCCCCAGGCUCUAGAGCGACUAAUCAUUGAAACGGACAAUAUUAGAGACAUUGCCAACAUGGAUGUCGAACAGCUGGAUCCGCUGGUUGGUAAAGAAGCUGCACGUAAGAUCGUUGCUUUCUUCCAUAAAAGCGUAUUUGAUUAA